AUGUUGUUCGGUGUGGUCGUGACAUUAUGGGCUGUAUUGGCGGCUGCCAGUGCUUCCAAGGGAUCCAGUCCGCUUGAACUAAAGCCGGAAAAAUACAAGGAUAUCCCUGGUUGCUAUUUAGCUGAAUAUGACAAGGUGAUACCAUUGGGGAAAGAGGAAACUAUGCCAGAUUGUGUUCUGUACAAGUGUGAGGACAAGUGGCUGGAGUAUUAUACAUGUGACAUCACAAUGAACGCUCCCGACUGCAAGCUCCUGGCCAGCCCGGACCUGACCAAACCUUACCCGGAGUGCUGUCCUGUAUUUAAAUGUUUCAAUUCAAAAACCAGAACGCAAAACGAAACAUUCUAG